AGGGCGGGCCGGGGCGGCGGGGCGCCACACCGGGAGGAAGGGCGGGCCGCCUGCCCGGGCGCGUUAAGGAAGUUGCCGAAAAUGAGGAAGCGCCGCGGGCCCGGCGGCUGAGGCCACCCCGGCGGCGGGAGAGCGAGGAGGAGCUGGGGGCCCCGCGCUGAGCCCGCCCUCGCCUCACCUGGCGCAGGUGGACACCUGCGUAGGCGUGUGCCCUCCGGCCUCUGAAGCAUGGCGAGCAGCGGCAUGGCUGACAACGCCAACCACCUGCCCUUCUUUUUCGGCAACAUCACCCGGGAGGAGGCAGAAGAUUACCUGGUCCAGGGGGGCAUGAGCGAUGGGCUCUAUUUGCUGCGCCAGAGCCGCAACUACCUGGGCGGCUUCGCCCUGUCCGUGGCGCACGGGAGGAAGGCACACCACUACACCAUCGAGCGGGAGCUGAACGGCACCUACGCCAUCGCCGGCGGCAGGACCCACGCCAGCCCCGCCGACCUCUGCCACUACCACUCGCAGGAGUCUGAUGGCCUGGUCUGCCUCCUGAAGAAGCCCUUCAACCGGCCCCAGGGGGUGCAGCCCAAGACUGGGCCCUUUGAGGACUUGAAGGAAAACCUCAUCAGGGAAUAUGUGAAGCAGACAUGGAACCUGCAGGGUCAGGCUCUGGAGCAGGCCAUCAUCAGCCAGAAGCCUCAGCUGGAGAAGCUGAUCGCCACCACAGCCCAUGAAAAAAUGCCUUGGUUCCAUGGAAAAAUCUCUCGAGAAGAGUCUGAGCAAAUUGUCCUGAUAGGAUCAAAGACAAACGGAAAGUUCCUGAUCCGAGCCAGAGACAACAACGGCUCCUACGCCCUGUGCCUGCUGCAUGAAGGGAAGGUGCUGCACUAUCGCAUUGACAAAGACAAGACAGGGAAGCUCUCCAUCCCCGAGGGAAAGAAGUUCGACACGCUCUGGCAGCUCGUCGAGCAUUAUUCUUAUAAAGCAGAUGGUUUGUUAAGAGUUCUUACUGUCCCGUGUCAAAAAAUCGGCACACAGGGAAAUGUUAAUUUUGGAGGUCGUCCACAACUUCCAGGUUCCCAUCCUGCGACUUGGUCAGCGGGUGGAAUAAUCUCAAGAAUCAAAUCAUACUCCUUCCCAAAGCCUGGCCACAGAAAGCCCUCCCCUGCCCAAGGGAACCGGCCAGAGAGUACUGUGUCAUUCAAUCCGUAUGAGCCAGAAGUUGCACCCUGGGCUGCAGAAAAAGGCCCCCAGAGAGAGUACCUGCUGCGGCUGGAAGACAAAAGAACUGGCUCUGGAGAUCAGGCCAAGGAGGUUUACCUGGACGCAAAUGCUGCGACGCUGGGAAGAACAAGAACUGGCUCUGGUAAUUUUGGAACUGUGAAAAAGGGCUACUACCAAAUGAAAAAAGUUGUGAAAACAGUGGCUGUGAAAAUUCUGAAAAACGAGGCCAAUGACCCCGCUCUUAAAGAUGAGUUAUUAGCAGAAGCAAAUGUCAUGCAGCAGCUGGACAACCCGUACAUCGUGCGUAUGAUCGGGAUAUGCGAGGCCGAGUCCUGGAUGCUGGUUAUGGAGAUGGCAGAACUUGGUCCCCUCAAUAAGUAUUUGCAGCAGAACAGACAUGUCAAGGAUAAGAACAUCAUAGAACUGGUUCAUCAGGUUUCCAUGGGCAUGAAGUAUCUGGAGGAGUGCAAUUUUGUGCACAGAGAUCUGGCCGCAAGAAAUGUGUUGCUAGUUACUCAACAUUAUGCCAAGAUCAGUGAUUUCGGACUUUCCAAAGCACUGCGUGCUGAUGAAAACUACUACAAGGCCCAGACCCAUGGAAAGUGGCCUGUGAAGUGGUACGCUCCGGAAUGCAUCAACUACUACAAGUUCUCCAGCAAAAGCGAUGUCUGGAGCUUUGGAGUGUUGAUGUGGGAAGCAUUCUCCUACGGGCAGAAGCCGUAUCGAGGGAUGAAGGGAAGUGAAGUCACCGCUAUGUUAGAGAAAGGAGAGCGGAUGGGGUGCCCUGCAGGAUGUCCAAGAGAGAUGUACGAUCUCAUGAACCUGUGCUGGACGUAUGAUGUGGAGAACAGGCCCGGAUUCGCAGCAGUGGAACUGCGGCUGCGCAAUUACUACUAUGACGUGGUGAACUAACCGCUCCCGUACCUGUCGGUGGCUGUCUUUGAUCACAGAAACAGUCACAGGAAAAUGUAUCCAGAGGAACUGAUUGUCAGCCACCUCCCUCUGCCAGUUGGGAGAGCCAGCCUUGGAUGGAACACGCCCGUGACGCGUCACCCAAAGCCUAUCCCAGGACUCACCCUCCACAAAGCAAAGGCAAUGCUGGGGGAGAAGACGAAUGGCAGGAUCCCAGGGGCUAGAUGGAUUUGUUUGUUUUCUUGUCUGUGUGAUUUUCAUACAGGUUAUUUUUACAAUCUGUUUCCAAAUCCCUUUCGUGUCUUUCCUCUUCUCUGGGUCCUGGAGUGCAUUUGUUACUGAUUGCGCCCAGGGGCACUGCAGAGUGGCCUAGAGCACUCACACCCCAAGCGGCCUUUUCCGAAUGCCCAAGGAUGCCUUAGCAUGUGACUCCUGAAGGGAGGGCAAAGGCAGAGGAAUUUGGCUGCUUCUACGGCAUGGCUGUGACAGCCAAUGAGACUGAUCCCUGGUCACUGAAAAGCUUUCAUGACAAUAAAAAUGUUUCGAGGCUUUAAAAAGAAAAUCAAGUUUGACCAGUGCAGUUUCUAAGCAUGUAACCAGUUAAGGAAAGGAAAAAAAAAAAAAAAAGGCCUGGAUCCUGCUUUUACUGUCUCUGUUAUGAGAUGGAAGACUUACAUGUUUGUGAUAAAAGGGGACCGUUUGAAUGAAUUGGCUUGGCUUACUUCCCCCCCGAAAUCCUCUCUCCUGCAGACUGUCUUGACGACCUGGUGACUGGUAAAUAAGGCCCUGCAUGGAGGCUGCAGAGCAGGGGCAAGAGGCCCAGCCCCCGGCGUCUCACUGAGGACAGCUUCGGGCUGCCUUCCCCUGAACGUGGUCCACACCUUCCUCUCCUCCAUAGAGAGGGUGCUGCCAGAAUCCCCUGUUGCUUUCUGUGUCUGUAAUGGGGGACAGUACAGGGAUUAAAGCCAUCUAAAGAGUUUCCAAAGAAAGUGUUAAUUCAUAACAAGCCGAAGACCCUGAGCCUCACCACAAAUAGGCCUUUUGGAGUGUGAGUUUGAAGUGAAGAUACAAGACGGGAGAAUUAUUUUCUGGUCUUAACUAAUCCUUGACUUAUGAAAGGAGUGGUUGGAUGUGCCAGGUUUGGUAAAGUGGUGACCGCAUCUGAGAAAGAGGCUGUGAGGCUGAACUCCGGGUGGCUUCCUUCCGUCACUUCCACAGGGAGCCUUUAACACAGGCCCCGUGCUCGUAGGAAUAUGGUAGCACCUAUGUAGGAAGUGCGUGCAGUUUUCUGUCUUCUUUCCGUGUGAUUUUUGGCCUCUUUCUCAGCACUUCUCCCCUCCCAGGAGCCUCGGGAUGCCAAACGUCCAGAAUGUGAUGGGGCAAGAGGGGGGCAGGGGCCUCACCUCCCUGCAGAGGUCCAGUCGGGUCUCCUUGUCCCUGGACAAUCUCCUGAGCCUGUCCGCUUGGUGAAGCAGGCACCUGUGUGCAGAAUUCCCACUGUGGCCAGCACGAGGAAGUCUUUUCUAGUGAAAAUGUGUCCUGCGGUCAGGAAUCAUUAUCCUUCCCCCUGCAGCCACUAAGAAGGGCAAAUAGAGAAAGGCAACUGAAUUGAAGGAUUGGUCAUAUGAAAAGGGCUACAUUUGGGAAGCUGGGAAAGGCCUCCGGGCUUCUAGGGCUUCUAGAGCAGCUAGCUUGGGCUGGAUUCUCAUACCCAGGCUGCCCCUUGGAUUGUUCUACCCAAGCUUUUCCCUGGGGUCUGGGCUCACUCCAUAAGGUAAGGUGCCUUUCACCUUAUGGUCCUUGUUUAGCAGGGAACAAAGGAGCAUCAUGGACAGACUGCCCUAGAGGCAUCACAUUGGCCCCUGGGGCCGUGAAUAUCUUGUCCCCCAGCAGGGCUGAGUGUUUCUGUCACAGAAAACAGUGCGUUCAGUGGUGAAAAUCGUUGCAUGCAUGUUUUCAUCUGAGCAUGUCCUUCUCCCAUACUCCCUAUCACCCAGCCCUGCCUGUAGUUGCUGGAUGGUGAUUGCCCUUGGACAUCAGUCCAAUGACUGCAAGUUAGCCUGGAUUUCCACUUGCAGAAGCAACAGCUGCAUUGUCAGGCCUCCCAGCCCUGCAGAGAGCUCCCACUGGUUAGCAGUGUGUCAUGUUUUCCAUUCAUUUCAGAAGAGCUACAUUGUGUCACUGGACAUUUUUAAAAACUGUGAUUUUUAAUAAAAACUUACCUUGAACUUUG